UAAAUUAGGCAGCUCAGCACUGCUACCGAACAGUUCGUUGAACAAAGUAAAUGCGUAAAGAUCGUUUAAAACCCUAAGCGCCUGAAGAGAGAAAAAUCUCAAUUUCUGAGAUUGAACAAGCAAAAGCAGUUUAAUACAAAACACAAAUUCACAAAUUGUUAAAAAAAAACAAGUUAACAUUGGAACAUUUUCGAAACCGAUGUCAAACAAACUUGUGUGUCAAUGAAUAACCGCGCAGACACCAAAGCGAAGCUUCUUAACAACCUAAGUCUUUCCAAACAUCUAUCAUCUAAACAAGGUGGCUCACGUACCACCAACUGCGGCAAUCGUCUGGAAUUUGCCUUACUAACGCUCCUACAAAACGUUCCUUGAAUCACACGCCCACUACCACAACCCCACUGACUAAGCAUUAAGUUCCACCGACUAAGCUCUAAUCACCCCCGGC